AUGGCAGAAGCAAAGACUGGGGACGUCAUCCACCAUGAACACACCCUAGAUGAUGAGGUGAAUGAGAAGAUCCAAGAUGAUUCAGUCGAAGCCGCCAAGCAUGACCUUAACCGCAUGGACCUGGACAAACUUUCCAAAGAUGCGUUCAGUGUAAAGUCACGUGCAGCACGUCGCCUAGCAGUCGUGAUUAUGAUUCAGGGGCUCAGUGUCGCUGCAUUUGCAAUCGAUGGCUCCUCUAUUGGUGGGAUCACAGCGCUCCCAGCCUUUAGGAGCCACUUCAAUGUCGGAACAAGUGGUGCUGCACUGGGCAUCAUCAAUGCAGCCAUGUCCAUUGGCAAUGUCGUUGCCAGUCCUUUCCAAUGGCUAUCCGACCUGGUUGGACGCCGCGGGGUCAGCUUUGCCGGCAACGUGAUUCUAAUUCUCAGUGGUAUUAUCAUGGCUACAGCACCCAAUAGUUCUGCUCUCAUCGUGGGCCGCGUUUUCAGCGGAGUAGGUGCAUCACUCUCAGCAACAGUUGGACCACUGUACAUGAGUGAAAUCGCACCUUCUGCAAGUCGAGGUCUGGCCAUUGGACUUUAUUGCGCUUCCUAUAGCAUCGGAGCCAUUGUGAUUGCUGUGGUUCUCCUGGGUGGGUCCUACAUGGACAACAAUUGGAGCUGGCGCCUUCCCAUGCUCUUUCAGAUCGGGGCGCCUCUCAUAGUCGCAACUCUCAUCUACCCCUGUACACCCGAGUCACCAAGAUACCUCUACGCUGUAGGAAAGCAUGAUCAGGCGCGGAGGAUCAUCGCACGUUAUCACACGACUUCCGAAGACAUUAACGACCCGAUCGUUGUUGCAGAGAUGCAGCAGAUUGGAGAAUCUAUGGUACGCCAUGAAACAAAACCCUGGGACUUCAGCCCACUCUUCAAGACCGCCAACGCACGAAGACGAGUAUGGGUUAUUUUCCUGUACAGCUUUUUUCAACAAUGCAACGGCGCUGGCAUGCUCACAUAUUACCUCCCAGGUGUCCUUAAACUUGUUGGAAUCACCAAAACACAGCAAGUAUUGGGCAUCAAUCUUGGGAUAACGUGUGUGAGCUACCUCGCCACAAUUGGGGGUUCCUUCAUUGUCGAUAGGGUUCGCCGUCGUACCUUGCUUUUCACAGGUUGGAGUGUUUAUAUCUUCUUCCUUGCGCUCAUGUCGCUUUGCGGUGGAUUGUAUGCUUCCAAUAUUGGUGUAAAGCCAAACGGCUAUAUCGUGGUCAUCGCAAUAUUUGCCUUUAAUGUCUGUACUGGCGUUUUCGGUGAGUAG